CAUAUUAUCACAAAAAGACUAAAAUACCCUUAGCACCCAAAAAAACCUAAAAGCAUCCCCUUUAAACCCUUCUCACCCUUCUCCUUUAUACACCCAAAAAAAGUGUAAAACCCCAAAACCCUAAUAGCCUCCCUGCUUCAAUUCGCCGAAACGAUGACAGGAGAAGCUGUGAACCCGAAAGCGUACCCACUGGCUGAUGCUCAGCUUACUAUAACAAUAUUGGAUCUUGUUCAACAAGCUGCUAAUUAUAAGCAGCUUAAAAAGGGUGCUAAUGAAGCUACAAAGACUCUUAACAGGGGUAUAUCUGAGUUUGUUGUGAUGGCGGCCGAUGCUGAGCCUCUCGAAAUUAUUCUUCAUCUUCCCCUUCUUGCUGAAGACAAGAACGUACCGUACGUGUUUGUUCCUUCAAAGCAAGCACUUGGACGCGCAUGUGGGGUCACCCGUGCUGUCAUUGCAUGUUCUGUGACCAGUAACGAAGGCAGUCAAUUGAGAUCCCAAAUACAACAACUCAAGGAUGCGAUUGAGAAACUUCUGAUUUAAAAAGACGAAAUAUGGAAAUUCGGUGUGAUGGGCCUUUGUUGAUUAGAGGCUUUGAUCUUUCUUUUCCUAUAAAACUAUCUUUAUUGUAUUGAGAUUUUAUGUCUGCAUUUUUGCACUGUCAACACAAUGACUUCUAGUUUUAUGUAACAGUGUAGUAGUGUUUGUUAUGUGCUGCUUUUGUUUAAGAACAUGCAUUGUCUUUUAAAGAUGGAUAGAUCUUUCUUAUA